AUCACCCCGCUGCCCAAACCAUGCAAUACCCGGCUGUCUGCCAUUCUGCUGCGCUUCUUCGCCAGCGACAUUGCCGUCCGGUUUGAUCUAUGCGAUCCGCAGUCGCAUUUCUCCCGCGUGGUCCCCCAGCGCGCCAGAUCCUCCCCCCCGUUACUUCACGCCAUCCUCACCACCUCUGCCCGCCAUCUCAUCCGUAUCCCGCGGUACCGCAAUGCCGCCGGCGUCGUCGAAUGGCAGGGGCAUUGCCUGCCCGAUCUGACCGAAGAAUCGGCCGUCCGGUAUCACAACGAGUGCAUUCGGGAUCUCCUCGCCCUGAGCAUGGAUCCGGUGCAGAUCCACAACGACGACCUGCUGGCAGCGGCUAUCAUUCUCCGGACGGAUGAAGAAAUGGACGCCCCCCUCCGUGAAGAACCCGAAGACCACGAGGUUUUCCUGCGCAUGCUGGCCGUCUUCAUCGCUGCCCAGAUCGCCCAGCCCGGCACGGUGGGCGGAUUCCGCGAAGUCGCCUUCUGGAUCGCUCUGCGCCAGGAGGUGUUUACCUCGUUUGUGAAACAGCGGGCUCUGAACUUCCCCCUCGCGCACUGCGAGGCGUUCCGCUCGCUCUCCCCCGCCGAGGAUCCCGUCUGGGCCAAUCGGCUCAUCAUCUUCUGCGCUGACGUCCUCGAGUACUGCUACGGCAGUGGCGAGGUGGCUCCCGAGCACAGUUCGACCCGGUGGUGCGAGCUAGUCGAGUACCAGAAUUUACUGGCGCGCCAUCUCCCCGCGUCGUUCGAGCCGCUCUACAACCGCAGCCCCGAUCACGCAGCCGGGGAGGUCUUCCCCGAGAUCUGGCAUCUGGACCGCUGGCACGUCACGGGGGUCAGCCAUGCCGAGUUGGCGCGGAUUCUGCUGGUGGUCUUUGACCCCAUGCGACCGCGACUAGGCCCCGGAUCGGCGGCGGGGCAGCGGGCGAUGGCCGAGGAAGUGCGGGGGAUUGUGCGACGGCUAUGUGGGAUGGCGGUGUGCAAUCGCCGACUGCCGCCGGUGUUCAACACGGCGCUGAUGGGGAUCGUGACGUGCGGGGAGUAUUUCGAGGAGAGGCGAGAGCAGGAGGCGCUGCUGGGGGUGUUGGGGGUGAUGCAGCGAGAGCACGCGUUUCCUACGUCCAAGAUUGAGGAGCGAUUCGACUGGAGUAGAUAA